AUGCUCGUUGUCAUCUUCCAUCCUGAGCAAUGGAACGGUGGCUCCGAUCGAUGCACACUUGGGAUAAUUAAACAUUUUAUUGAUUUGGGACAUCGAGUUAUUUGGUAUACAACAAUGAUCGAUUGCUACUGGAAUGCUGAAUUAUUUGAUAACGUCGAAAUACGAGAUGUAAAAUUGCCAUUGCAUCCAGGAGAUUGGUGGACACAGAAUAUAGUGCUUGCUUGGCAACUCAUUUUUUCUGGUCUUGUUCCUGAUCUUGUUAUCAUUGAUCAUAGUGCAAGUUGUUUACCGAUGUUAAAAUGGCGAUUUCCAAAUGUUAAAAUUUUAUUUUAUUGUCACUUUCCUCAACAACUCGUUACACCUACACGCUUUUUUCUCUAUCGUUGGUAUUCACGAUUAAUUGGUUUAAUCGAAGGUUUACUGUUCCAGAAAGCUGACCUCAUUAUGGUUAAUAGUCAUUUUACAGAAAGUCAGUUUCUUCGAGUAAUGCCAGAAGUAAAUCCAUCUCGACUAAUGGUGGUUUAUCCACCAUGUGAUGUUGAUGCUAUUAAAAUUGGAGUUAAACCAAUCAGUCGUAAACAACGUCAGUACAACAAUAAACGUUACAUGUUUUUAUCAAUGAGUCGUUUUUGGCCGGAGAAGAAAUUGGACAUUAUUAUUAAAGCUGCUGCACUACUAAAAAGAAACAGUCAGAUGCGACCACGUAUUGUACUUGCUGGUUCCGUGAUGCCUUAUAUACCUGAAUCACGUAUUUAUUAUAAUUUAUUACAAAAAAUGGUUAAAGAUCUGAAGGUUGAUGAUAUUGUGGAAUUUGUGAAAUCUCCAACAGAUCCAGAAAAGUUUGCUUUAUAUAGGGAAUGUGAUACAGUUCUUUAUAUACCACCGAAUGAACAUUUUGGUAUCGUACCUGUAGAGGCGUUGGAGCAACGUAGACCGGUUAUAGUUUGCAAUAGUGGCGGCCCAUCUGAAACAGUGAUUGAAGGAAUAACUGGUUCAAAGAUAGCUGCUCCUCAUGAAAAACUGUUAGCAACUGCUAUGGAAGAACAUAUGAAACGAAUUUCAUGGCCUGCUCUCGAUAACGAUGAUAUCUAUAAGCAUCAGCGAAAACGUUUUGAACAGUACUUCAGUUUGAAUGGAUUUUGCAAUAAAAUCAAUGAGGCCCUUGCUGUUUUAUUUCCAAAUAAUUCGAUUAUGGCCAGCAAAACUUUGCUGCUUGACGAUGAGAACAGAAAACCUUCUUAA